AUGUCCUUCAUUGCGCUUCCGGCCACUCCCCAGAGCCCACUAUUUCUGGAGACCUGGGAUGAUCGCCAGAUCCAGCCAAUCUCCCGAGUCUCCCGCCUCUGGAGACCUGGAAUCGCCAGAUCCAACCAAUCUUCCGAGUCUCCCGCCUCUGGAGACCGCGGGGCGUGGGAGCAACUCGGCUCCCUGGAGAACUGGGAUCGCCAGAUCAGGCCAAUCUCCCGAGUCUCCCGGCUCUGGGGCCCUGAAAUCGCCAGAUCCAGCCAAUCUCCCGAGUCUCCCUGCUCUGGAGACCGCGGGGCGUGGGAGGCGCUCGACUCCCUCGAGCGGCGGUCUCUAGAGGUGUGGGGGGCUUUCGAGCGUAAUGGGCCUAAGACCCGCGGGCGUGAGCCACACACAUACAUAGGCUGCUCCCGAGUGUUCCACUAA